AGUUACAAGGCGAUUUUCGUUCCCUUUAUUAAUGUUAUAAUGCUGUGAACCGAGGAUCUUCUAAACAAUCUAAACUCAAGACUGGGUACAUAGCCCAACUAGAGUCCUAUAAAUACAAGACGAAUUCAGAAACAUAGAGGAAUAACGAUUAUUUCUCGAUGUCCAUUUGUCAAAAAUUGACAUUGUUUUCAGAUUCUUGGCAGAUUAGUCGUAAAAAUGGCUUCUCUUUUGCAACAUAGUGCUCGAAGAUUUUUACAAACUUCAGCUCGAAGGGCUGCUCAUGUAGAUGGCCCUUCAGCUGUGUCUGGUGGUGGAGAAGGCGGUUUCAAGGUUUGGCGAAACCUAACUUUUUUUGUUGCAUUCCCUUCAAUUGCCUUAUGUAUGGUCCAUUGUUGGUUGGCUCAUAAGAAAGAACACGAGAGACCUCCAUUUGUCCCAUAUGAAUACAUGUAUAUCCGCACCAAACGUUUCCCAUGGGGAGAUGGUCGAAAAUCUUUGUUCCAUAACCCUCAUGUAAAUGCUCUACCCGACGGUUAUGAAGAAGUUGAACAUGAACAUUAACUUUUAUUAAUUUUGUAUCUUAAGUUAUACAUAGUCAAAUAAAACAUAGUUAUUAAAAUAGAAGUGCUGCUUUCA